CCGCGCCGCUCCGGAGCCGGGCUGCGGUCACCGAGCGCCCGGGUGCGGAUGCGGGCGCCGGCCCGGGGUCGGCCAGGAGCGCGCGAGCCGGGCGCCGGGGGCUUCGCGCCGGCUGCCAGGGCCCGGCGCGCUCGGCUGGGAAAGUUCUCCGGGCGCGAGGCCGGAGCUCAGCGCGGGGUCGGGGAAGGCCAGGAAACCACAAAAUAUUUGUGGGCUAGAUCUAAAUCAGGAGCCCAGAUGAACUUAAGGAUGCUAGCAUGGGAUUCUUAGUUUUUCAAGAUCCAUACACACCAAACCCUUAAUCACCCCAACUCCAGUGUCCGGGCUUUCUCUGGUUUUGUGAAGACUGAGCAAAACUCUGAUGAUGGAAAAGCAAAGGACUUAAUUACUUGUUCGAUAUCAUUUAACAUCAACUGAGAAGUGAACCAGACGGUAGUACAGCCAUGGAAAGAAAUUCAAGUUUAUGGAAGAACCUAAUAGAUGAGCACCCAGUCUGCACCAUCUGGAAGCAAGAGGCCGAAGGAGCCAUCUAUCAUCUUGCCAGUAUUUUAUUUGUAGUAGGUUUCAUGGGUGGCAGUGGAUUCUUCGGGCUCCUUUACGUCUUCAGUUUGCUGGGGUUGGGUUUUCUCUGUUCUGCUAUCUGGGCUUGGGUAGAUGUCUGUGCAGCUGACAUAUUUUCCUGGAAUUUUAUAUUGUUUGUCAUCUGCUUCAUGCGGUUUGUUCAUAUCGCCUAUCAAGUUCGCAGCAUAACCUUUGCGCGAGAAUUUCAGCUGCUGUACAGCUCCCUCUUCCAGCCUCUGGGGACCUCUUUGCCCGACUUCAGAACUAUUGCUAUGAGCUCAGAAGUGGUUACUUUGGAAAAGGAGCACUGUUAUGCCAUGCAGGGGAAAACCUCCAUUGACAAACUCUCCCUGCUUGUUUCAGGAAGGAUCAGAGUGACAGUUGAUGGCGAAUUUCUGCAUUACAUUUUCCCCUUCCAGUUCCUGGAUUCUCCUGAAUGGGACUCACUGAAACCCACAGAGGAAGGCAUUUUUCAGGUAACCCUCACAGCAGAAACUGAUUGUCGAUAUGUGUCCUGGAGGAGAAAGAAAUUAUACUUGCUCUUAGCUCAGCAUCGUUACAUCUCCCGCCUGUUUUCAGUUUUAAUUGGCAGUGACAUUGCAGAUAAACUCUAUGCCUUGAAUGACAGGGUAUAUAUAGGAAAAAGAUACCAUUAUGAUAUUCGGUUACCCAACUUCUAUCAAAUGUCAAGUCCUGAAAUGUCCAGAUCAACCCUGACAGAACAUUUUCAGAAUUCCAGACGACAUUGUGAUAAAUGACACCGAAGCCUGAAGUUUUAUAAUGAUAAAAGACUCUCUUCAUCACUCCCCAAAUGAAAUAGCAAAAUACAGAAAAUGGAGCUCACUAAUAUUUUUAUAAAUCCAACUCAGAGGCGAGAUGCCACUGCCAGCUGUUUUAUUCAUCUCAACGUGUGCAUUGUGAAUAAAUUUUACAAGUUUU